ACUGUCUACUCUUCUGGCGCCGCCCCUCGACUGUGGCCUGGCUCCACUGCCUGAGGCCCGGCUUCCAGGGGUCGCUUCCGCUGUUGGCCGCCUACCUUCCCGGUCGUGGGGCCUCCUCUGUGGUCCCUUCAGUGACUGCCUCGUUCCUUCUCACUGCCCUCAGCCUCCGCUCAGGGCAGCCAUUUUGGGUGCCAGCACCUGCGCCACUGCUGUCGUCGCCAGCCCAGCUGAGGUAACUGCCCGCUGCCAUGUCCACCACGGGGGAUGGAGAUCCGGCCCCUGGCAGGCAGGAAGGCACAGCAGGUGCGGCGGGGGCACAGGCCGGAGCCCGCGAAGGUGUGGACCGCAACUCUGUGCCUCGCAGGGGUGACGCCAUGCCUGAGGCCGAGGCGGGUGGAGUCGCGGGGCCCUCAGGAGGCCUGAGGGAGGCGGCCAUGGAGGGCUGGAGUGCUGAGGAGGACUCAGACAUCGGGCCGGCAGAGGAGGAGGAGGAGGAAGAGGAGGAGGAGGGUGGCGUGGGCCGCAUGGUGGACGCGCGCCACUUCCCCAUGUCCGGCUUCCGCUUAACGUUCGUGGAUCUGGUGCACUCAGUGCUCAACCGUUUCUACUACAACAACCACGUCCUCGUCCGGCCCCCUGACGGCCAAGUGCCGGUCCGGCGCCGGACCCGGCCGCGCUUGUCUCAUCACAGCUCGGCCGCCAUGGCCGGGUUCCCCGAGGUCCAGGUGCCGUCGGUUGGACCGGGGGCGGGGCCGGCGGAGGAAGCCCAGGAGGCCGAGGAAGCCGAGGAGGCCUCUUUAUGGGAGACGGCCGCCGAGGAGUCUGAGGAAUCCAGCUUGUGGGAAAUGGCGCAGGAGCCAGCCGCGCCUGCGGAAACAACUGAAUGCCAGGAUGAGAACUCCAAAGCAGCAGCUCAGGGCACCAAAAGUGAGGGGAAAGAAAAGGAGUAUAACAAAAAACAAGAAGAACCAGAAAAGGAUCUGGACCCAGCAAAGGACAGGCCCAGAAAGUCCAGUUUGGAAGACUAGAAAGAAGACAGAGAAAGAAGAAAGGAUCCAUUUUUCACUAUUUUUAGAUUUUUCAGAAGCCCAUGGGAAUGUUAUUAAUGUUGAUUUCAUUCCAAAAUUCAUCACCCAAAAAGCAACUAAUGAUAAUAUCUAAUAAAAAA